GCCGCCCGGGGUGCAGCCCUGCUCCGGCUCUCGCGGACGCACGGGCGAGUGAAUACAAAAAGGGCGGCCCCGCGCCCUCCUUCCGCCCCUUCCUGCCCGGGUGCGCGGCGCCGGCCAGGUGCGGGUUCGGGGUGGUGACCGCCGGCGGGGGGUGGGCGCUCUUUCUUUGGCUCGGAGGCGAGGUCUCGCCGAGCGCAGGGCUCCCCGUCCCCACUCCCUCCCCGCGCGCCGCCUCCCGGCCCCCUCUACCCUCCCCGCCUCUCGCCAUGACGGCGUCUCCGGAUUACUUGGUGGUGCUUUUUGGGAUCACUGCUGGGGCCACCGGGGCCAAACUGGGCUCGGAUGAGAAGGAGCUGAUCCUGCUGCUGUGGAAAGUCGUGGAUUUGGCCAACAAGAAGGUGGGACAGUUGCACGAAGCACUCGUCAGGCCGGAUCACUUGGAACUGACCGAGGACUGUAAAGAAGAAACGAAAAUAGACGCCGACAGCCUGUCGACGGCUCCGCAGCUGGACCAAGCCCUGCGACAGUUUAACCAGUCAGUGAGCAAUGAGCUGAAUAUUGGGGUGGGGACUUCCUUCUGCCUCUGCACCGACGGGCAGCUGCACAUCAGGCAAAUCCUGCAUCCUGAGGCUUCCAAGAAGAAUGUAUUACUACCUGAAUGCUUCUAUUCCUUUUUUGAUCUUCGAAAAGAAUUCAAGAAAUGUUGCCCCGGUUCACCUGAUAUUGACAAGCUGGAUGUUGCUGCCAUGACACAGUGUUUAAACUUUGAGAAGAAUAGUGCAGACUUUCGAUAUGGAGCCUCUCAAGUUGAAGAUAUGGGGCAUAUAAUUUUAGCGAUGAUAUCAGAGCCUUACAAUCACAGAUUUUCUGAUCCAGAGAGGGUAAACUACAAAUUUGAAAGUGGCACUUGCAGCAAGAUGGAACUUAUUGAUGACAACACUGUGGUACGGGCACGAGGGUUACCGUGGCAAUCUUCAGAUCAGGACAUUGCAAGAUUCUUCAAAGGACUCAAUAUUGCCAAGGGAGGUGCAGCACUUUGUCUGAAUGCUCAGGGUCGGAGGAACGGAGAAGCUCUGGUUAGGUUUGUAAGCGAAGAGCACAGGGACCUAGCACUGCAGAGGCACAAACACCACAUGGGGACCCGGUACAUUGAGGUUUACAAAGCAACCGGUGAAGAUUUUCUUAAAAUUGCUGGUGGAACAUCUAACGAAGUAGCCCAGUUUCUCUCCAAGGAGAAUCAAGUUAUCGUGCGCAUGCGCGGGCUCCCUUUCACGGCCACGGCUGAAGAAGUGGUGGCCUUUUUUGGACAGCACUGCCCCAUCACUGGGGGGAAGGAAGGCAUCCUGUUUGUCACCUACCCGGAUGGCAGGCCAACAGGGGACGCGUUUGUCCUCUUCGCUUGUGAGGAGUAUGCGCAGAAUGCACUGAGGAAACACAAGGACUUGUUGGGUAAAAGAUACAUCGAGCUGUUCAGGAGCACGGCAGCGGAGGUUCAGCAGGUGCUGAACCGGUUCUCCUCGGCCCCACUCAUCCCGCUCCCAACCCCUCCCAUUAUUCCAGUACUACCUCAGCAGUUUGUCCCUCCUACAAAUGUCAGAGACUGUAUCCGCCUUCGGGGGCUUCCCUAUGCAGCCACUAUAGAGGACAUCCUGGACUUCCUGGGGGAGUUCUCCACAGAUAUUCGUACGCACGGGGUUCACAUGGUACUUAAUCACCAGGGCCGCCCAUCCGGAGAUGCCUUUAUCCAGAUGAAGUCUGCAGACAGAGCAUUUAUGGCCGCGCAGAAGUGUCAUAAAAAAACCAUGAAGGACAGAUAUGUGGAAGUCUUUCAGUGUUCAGCUGAGGAGAUGAACUUUGUGUUAAUGGGGGGCACUUUAAAUCGAAAUGGCUUGUCCCCGCCGCCAUGUAAGUUACCAUGCCUGUCUCCUCCCUCCUACACAUUCCCAGCUCCUGCAGCAGUCAUUCCUACAGAAGCUGCCAUGUAUCAGCCCUCUGUGCUUUUGAAUCCACGAGCCCUGCCACCCUCCACGGCGUACUACCCGGCGGGCACUCAGCUCUUCAUGAACUACACAGCCUACUAUCCCAGCCCCCCAGGUUCGCCUAAUAGUCUUGGCUACUUCCCUACAGCUGCCAGUCUUAGCAGUGUCCCUCCACAGCCCGGCACGGUGGUCAGGAUGCAGGGCUUGGCCUACAAUACUGGAGUUAAGGAAAUUCUUAACUUCUUCCAAGGUUACCAGUAUGCAACCGAGGAUGGACUUGUUCACACAAAUGACCAGGCCAGGACUCUACCCAAAGAAUGGGUUUGUAUUUAAGGGCCCCAGCAGUUAGACCAUCCUCAGAAAAGAAGUGUUUAAAAGAUGCAUGGUGAUCCUGAAGCCACCGGAUGAGAACACUAGCAAUUUCAGGAGAAGUUUGUCUACACUCAGGCUGCAGUAUUUUCAGCAAACAUUAUUAGACAAUGGAUCUGUGCCUUAUCUUUGGUGGAGUGAGAAAUGUGAGCCAGUAAAGCCAAAUCUUGCAGCAAGCAGCAUGCAGCAUACCUGGCUCCUCAAUGAUUGUGACCCGGCAUUUAAAUGUGAAUUUGAAUCAAAUGUCUAUUACUUUCAGCUAAAGUGGCAUCACAGGUGUUUCUUAAGUUUAAAAAGUCUUGGAUUAAAAAAUUCUCCACUAGCAUCUCCCGUCUACCAUCUCCACCAUGAAGUCUGAUAAGGAAGCUCCACUUCGUGUACUUCAUUCCUUAGCCUCCGUCUAUCUUCUGUAUGUUCGUGCCCUCUUGCUUAGCAAUUCAAGUGUAAGGCCUUGGACUCCUUAAAUCACAAUGUAAAGAAGAAUAAAGGAGCCGGCCGCGAUGGCACACGCCUGCAGUCCAGCUCUCAGGGAGGCUGAGGCAGCAGGAUCGCCAUGAGUUUGAGGCCAAAAUUUUAAAGGUAAAAAGAAAGCUAAUAUUUUCUCUAUCUCUUCACCAUCCUGAAGUCUUAAGGUGGUUUUAGAAAUGCCUAAGGUGGGCUGAAGGUGUAGCUCAGUGAUACAGUGCUCACCUGUCCUGCACUAAGCCCUGGUUCAUCCCCAGCACCACUAAAACAGAACAGUUGAUGGUAAACUUGAAACUGGGACACCCUCGAAAACACACAGAUAGUUAGCAGUUCUGGAUCUUUUCUCAGCUGGUAUCAGUUAUAAAUAAGAAUGAAGUAGGGGCCAAAAUGCAAAAUCAAAAAUGAAGCAGCUUCAUGUAGUUAAUUUUAGUUCAAACCGUAACAAUAUUGUGGCUUCCUAUGUAUUAUUUUAUAUUGUACUUUUGUUCUGUUGAUGGCUUGAACAUUCAUAAAAAAUCCACUAGUUUUUAAUACAGAAAUAAUAGCAUUUGGAGAGUGUAGUCUAGAAAGCAAUGUACUAACUGCUGCAGCAAAAAUGCGUGUAUAUUAAAAUAGCCUUCAACCUUUUUCUCCAAUGUCUUCACUGUCAAAUAAUUAAAACUUUGAAAAGCAUAGGACUGUAGUCAGCAUGCUAGACGGAGGCGUUGGACACUGGCUCGGUAAACAGGUUCUGACACCGUCAGUGUUUAGCACUGUUUAGCUAUGUUUAUGCUACAAAAGUGCAAUAUUAGACACUAGCUAGUACUGCUUCCUGUCUGACUCCAAAAAGGAAGACAGGAUUUGAUUCAGGGAACAUACUUCAUGUCAUCCCUAGCUUGGAUCCAAUGCCGUGCAGAUUUUUUUGUGGCUGCUAUUUUUACUUUGCAUUACUUUGAUGAACGGAGAGCCAAACGCAACCCUCUUACCUGACCAGCAGUGACCCUUUAACUGCAACCAGGAAAACCAAACGUCGUGUGUGAGAAUUGGUGAGAACUGGCACUUAAGAUCCUAAAGAAAAUUCUUGGUAUGUUAGCCUUAAAAUGCUCUCUGCCCAGGCUCUGAAAGACUGCUAGGCAGUAAUACUGCAAUACUACUGAGUUUUGUAGAAUUGUUACAUUUGAUAAUAAAACUUGCCUGCUUAAUCUCAA